CGGUAAAUAGAUUUCGAAAAGAGGCGUGGAGUCUCCGUCUCGUACAAGACGAGUGCGCAGCAGGUGGUCGGCGGGCAUGGCUGCCGCGAGCUUCUCGGCCGUCGCAGUUCCCAUCAAGAGCGGCCGCUCUGCUGUGACCAUCCUCCGGCGGCUACUUGCAUCCGCUCGCCCUCUUCACUUCCUGGCUCAAUCCCAAUCCCCUCGCAGAGGGCUGUGCCAGGUCGCGCAUGCCGUGAAGCCGGUGGUCGUGGACUCGACCCUCAAAGGGAUUAGCGACAGAAAUAUAGCCGAGGCCGUAAAUAACAUUCUUGAAAUGGCAAGGCGGGCUACGACGAGAAGAGAGGUGCUUCACACAGACUUUCUCACUCCACCUGUUGUUAAGGAGUCAAUUUUGGCGCUAGAAAAGCUGGCCGAUGUCAAAGCAGUAUCUCAGGGUGGUUAUCCACAGGCAGAACGUUGCCGCCUGUCUGUUGGACAUCCAGAUGACAUGCCAACUGACCCAGAUGUUGUUGCUGCUUUGAGCAUCACAGGGAACUUCACGUUUGAUGCUUGUUCUCAUGGUGAUUUCCUCGGUGCAAUUCUGGGCACAGGGAUAGUAAGAGAAAAGGUUGGAGAUAUCUUGUUGCAGGGAGAAAAGGGAUCCCAAGUCAUCGUUGUUCCAGAGCUCACUGACUUUCUUAUGUCGACAUUGGAUAAGGUUGGUAAUAUUUCUGUGACUUGCAGGCCAAUACCAUUGCUCGCUUUAGAAUAUGAGCCACCGAAGACUAAAACAUUUAGAACUGUUGAAUCAUCGCUGAGGGUUGAUGCACUGGCUAGUGCAGGCUUCAAAAUAUCUCGCUCAAAACUUGUUGACUUGAUCAGCAAUGGAGAUGUGCGGGUUAACUGGUCACCAGUGAUGAAAAAUGGAACCACACUCAAGACAGGAGAUGUUGUUUCUGUUAGUGGAAAAGGGAGGUUGAAGAUUGGUGAGAUAACAACAACAAGGAAAGGGAAAUAUGCCAUCGAAUUGAUCUGUUAUCUGUAGGCUCUGUGGAACCUGAGCUUAUCCACCAGAAGUUCCACUGUUGGUUGAAGACAUUCACCGGCACUAGGACCUCAAAUAGCAAGAUGUAUCGGAAAACCAUGAUUUCUCAUUGUCCAAAGAUCAUGUUCUGACAAAUUUGGACAGCAUAAACAGCCAAAUUAUUGGUUUAACUGUUUUUGUCCUUGAGCUUAAUGUGUUGAUUAUAUUUGGUAAAGUAAUGUGUGGAUAUUUAUCUUUUGAUUGAAAUGUGAGAAAAAAAAUAACUGCUAUUA